AUGGUCUCUGACUCGACAUCAGGUUGCGAAGAUCUUCCCAUAUACCGAUCCAACGGUCGCAGUCUCGGCAUCCUCUUUUCCAAUGUCACGGCGUUCGGCGUGGCUGGCGGCUCGCAAACGGUAGCCGACCUUCAGAGGAUUCUCACUGAUAUUCUGAUGUGGCCCGUGAAAAGUGCUUUCAACUUCUCAAACCGAAAGCAAGAGCCCUGUACCAUUGUGGAAAAUGUCGACGGCGUCCUGUUCCCUGGCGAAAUGAUGCUGGUCCUUGGUCGUCCAGGAGCCGGUUGCUCGACUAUUCUUCGUUUGCUCGCCAAUCAGCACCAAGCCUUCCAGUCGGUAGAGGGUUCAAUUCAGUACGCUGGAUUUUCGGCAAAGGAAAUGAAACAGCACUAUCGCUCUGAGGUCGUUUAUUGCUCGGAGGAUGACAUACAUUUCCCAAAUCUCAGCGUUCGCGACACCAUGGAUUUUGCAAUGCGGGUUCGAAAGCCAAACAGGGAUAAUGAGCCGGCGGCGAAGUUUUCGCAGCAAAUGUCUGACAGGGUGCUGGCGUCACUGGGUCUUUCCCACACAAAGGAUACCGUUGUGGGUGAUGCAUUUCUUCGUGGCGUUUCCGGGGGUGAAAGGAAGCGCAUCUCAUUAGCAGAGGUACUUGCUAUCAAUGCUUCUGUCAUGUCCUGGGAUAAUCCAAUCAGGGGGUUGGAUAGCCAUUCUGCUCUCAACUUGCUGGAGCUUCUCAGGGCUAUGGCGCAGAAGACAGGAAUGUCGAAUGCAGUGACCCUGUACCAGGCAUCGGAGGCAAUGUAUGACUUCUUUGAUCGAGUGAUGGUCAUGUACGAAGGAAAAAUGAUAUUUUGCGGACCCGCAAAUCGAGCCAGGGAAUAUUUCAUCGAGCUCGGGUUUCACUGUCGCCCACGCCAGACUACUGCUGACUUCCUCACUGCAAUCACAUCCCCCGGAGAACGCUCAUUCCAAGACACCUACAAGGGGCAACGCUUCGAGACAGCUGAGGCACUGGCUCGGGUGUUUCGCAGCAGCUCGGAUUAUCAUCAUCUCAAUCGCGAAAUGACGGUAUACAAAGAGCAAAUUGUCACAAACAAAACCAUCGCCGAAACUUUUCAGGAGGAAGUUUACAGAACGCGAUCUCGAUUUUCUCCCAGGUCCGCCACUGAAGUCUCAUCCAUCUGGACCCAGACUUUGGCCACCUUGCGUCGUCAAUACCAGCUCAUCGUGAGAGACUGGCACACCGUUUUGACAACAAUUAUUCUUACGGUUAUCAACUCUCUCAUUGUCUCCUCCGCCUAUUACAUGGCACCAAAAACAGCGACUGGGUCGUUUGAGCGCAGUGGCGCUCUUUUCUUUGCGUUGGUCUACUUCACCCUCAACGCCAUCACCGAAGUUCCCAAGACAAUUCAAAGCCGAGCCAUUUUGUCGAAGCAGCGCCAGAUGGGAUACGCCCAUCCCUUCUCCUUCGCGAUCUCACUCUUUUUCGCCGAGCUUCCCGUCAUGAUCGUACAAUCACUUGUUUUCUCGUGCUGCUACUAUUUCACCAUUGGGCUGGAGAACACGGCAGGAAGUUUUUGGAUCUUUGCGCUGGUUACUUUCACUCACUUCGCGAGCGUGUCUAACCUAUUCCGCAUGCUUGGGGCCUGGGCCCCAAACCUCAACAUUGGUCUGCUGAUGGCCGGGAGUGCGCUUCCAAUCGUCUGUCUAUACUCCGGUUACGCACCACCGGUGCCGACAAUGCACCGCUGGGGCUCAUGGAUAAGGCGAAUCUCCCCGAGCCCGUUUGCCAUGGAAGCCUUGAUGGGAAAUGAGUACGCCGAUAUCACUCUACACUGCUCCUCCGACCAACUGAUUCCACAUGGGGAUCAGUACAACGAGACACAGUACCAGGGAUGUCCUAUGGCCGGAGCCGAGAAAGGCUCCCAUUAUGUCCCCGGGAGAAUAUAUCUUACAAAUCAAUAUGGGUUUGAUGCUACCAACAUCUGGCGUGAUUUCGGUAUCGUGGUCGCCAUGUGGAUCAUUUACUUCAUUCUCACGGCGAUUGGACUAACUUGUAUGACUCGCGACACUGCUUCAUCGAAUUCUCGAGUCUUCCGACGUGGAGCCAAGACUAUCCUCGGCCCACAACACGCAGAGAUGGAUGUUGAAAAUCAAUCCCCAAAGCAUGCAACAUCACAGUCUCCUUCCUCGGCCACUUCAAUUUCUGAGAAGACUUUGGAAGUCGACUUCAAUUCUGCGACCCGCUCCUUUGUGUUUCAGAACAUCAAUUAUUUUGUGAACGUUGCCGGCAAAGAGCGUCAGUUGUUAAACAAUAUCACUGCAUAUGUCAGGCCCGGACAACUGACUGCUCUGAUGGGUGCCUCUGGUGCCGGAAAGUCCACACUCCUGGAGACUAUCUCCGGUCGCAAGACUGAGGGACGCACGGAAGGCCGCUUGCAAUUUGAUGGACGUGAUCUUGACAAUGGCUUUUCGCGAUCAUGCGGCUUCUGCAUGCAACAGGAUGUACAUGAGCCUUUAGCCACUGUAUAUGAGGCACUUGCGUUCUCAGCCUUCAUGCGACAGUCUGCAGAUACUCCGUCUGAGGACAAGAUUCAAGAGGUUGAUGACAUCAUUGAGCUGCUGGAGCUUGGUCCUAUCGCGCACGCCAUGGUUGGCUCGCUUGGAAUAGAAGAGAAGAAGCGUGUGACCAUCGGGGUUGAACUGUGCGCUCGUCCAUCAGCCCUUCUUUUCCUAGACGAGCCGACCUCUGGUCUUGACAGCCAGGCUGCUCAUUCAAUUGUCACGUUUCUUCGCAAGAUUGCAGCCCAGGGAAUCCCCAUCGUCUGUACAAUUCAUCAGCCCUCGAGUGUCAUCUUUGAGAUGUUUACUCAUGCUCUGAUUUUGGCUCCAGGCGGGAGAACCGUCUAUUUCGGCGAGACAGGCGAGCCGCUCAAUGGCUACUUCGCACGAAACAACGCUGCUAUGAGCCCAUCCGCAAACCCUGCUGAAUUUGUCAUUACAACCGUUGCUGCCUCUAACGCUGACACUUCAGCACCGAGCUGGCCACAGGUGUGGCAGGGCUCAUCUGAGUGCCAUGAUCUCCACGAGCGUGUCUCGCAGAUGAUGUCUGACCAGUCACCCUCCAUUGAUGAGAAACAGCAGAAUCAUCCAAAAAGUGCCCAACAAUUUGCAUUGCCUCUGUUCGGGCAGGUUCGUCAUUUGACCAAGCGUCAUUGGAUCUCAAUCUGGCGCAAUGGCUCUUACAACUUCAGCAAACUUUUCAAAAGUAUAUUUUUCCAGAUGAUCGUCGCUUUUACAUUUUUCAAAGCUGGUGGCGAUGUCAACGGCUUGCAAAAUCAUGCUCUUGCUCUCCUGAUUGGCUGUUGGGUUAUCCCGGCCAUUGCCGCAGAUGUGCAAGAUAUUUGGUUUCAAAAAUGGGCUCUUUUUGAAGCGCGGGAGAAGAACGGGAUUUACGACUUCAAGGCGCUACUUAUUGCUCUCAUCGCUGUUGAAACACCAUGGCAGAUCGUCAGCUUUACCUUGGUGUUCUUUUGCAGUUACUGGACUGUCGGAUAUACGAACACUCCCUCCGUUGCUGGCUUUGUUUACCUCAUGUAUCUGGUCAUGUCGUUGUUCGGAACCGGAUUCUGCUUCAUCAUGGCCUCCCUGUUUCCCAAUGCCACCAUGGCCGGGUAUGCGAACUCGCUUUUCUGGGUUAUCUUCAUGAUGUUCAAUGGUAUCGUUGCUCCCAAAUCACAGCUGAAUGAUUUUUAUCGGUAUUGGAUGACUUGGGCGGAUCCGAUGCGCUACUACUUUGGGGCCACUGUGUCCUCUGUCCUGCAUAACGUCAAAGCUGUUUGCAAACCUGAAGAUCUUGCGGUCUUCGACCCCCCUCCUGGUCAGACUUGUGGUGAAUAUGUGCAGGCAUACAUGGGUUCCAACCCAGGAUACCUGCAAAGCACCACCGAGACCUCUUCCUGCAAAUAUUGUCCCUACUCUGUGGGAGACGACUAUUCGCGUACUCUGGACUUUUAUUUCACAGAUCGUUGGAGAGACUUUGGCGUCUUUUUGGCCUUUUGCUUGUCUAAUUUCCUGAUAGUCUUCCUCGCAACCUGGGUUGGCCGCGUGGUGAUACGUCGCUGGCGAAAAUAG